ACUUCACACUUGUGGGGUGCAAACUCCACUUCUUACCAUUCUACAAUGAAGGCUGUUGGAUUCACUGCAGCCUAUUGUACUGAUGCAUUGGACUUGACAAUCGGAGAGAAUCUAACAAAGCCAUACAAGUUGUUGGAUGUUGCCUGUGGUUAUGGAGCCUUGACCAUCCAGGCAGCUCAAAGAGUGUCCAAAUCCGGUGGAUCAAUAGUUGGCGUUGAUUUUGCACCCGGAAUGUUGGAGCAACUCAAGAGGGAAUCGCAAGGCCUGACCAACUUGACCGGAGAAUGUAUGAAUGGAGAGGACCUCAAGAUCGAUGACAACACAUUUGACUACUGCUACUCGGCAUUUGGACUCAUUAUCUUUGAGGAUCGUGUCAAGGGACUGUCCGAACUCCAUCGCGUUGUCAAGCCCAAUGGUGAGAUUGCCAUCACUACCUGGCCAUACGAUUGUGAGCUGUUCACUCUGAUGAAGAGAUCCUUCCGACGUGUUGUGGACUAUGAUAUCCCAGACGAGGCAUUCCAGAGGAUCACACUGGGUGAUGGAGAGUUCCUCCGCGAGCAAUUCAAGAAGGCAGGAUUCACCAAGCCACUCAAGGUCAUUACCAAGAUACAUAACAUGGAUCUUCCUGUGAAUGACAUGAUGAACUUCUUUGUUGGACAUCCCUUGAUCAUGAUGCUAUCCACCUAUCUACCAGAAGACAAGCACGACCAAUUCCAUCCAGCAAUCCGUCAAGAGUUGAACCAAAUGUAUCCAGAUGGACACAUGUGUCUCCCAGUGAGAUGUGCCAUUGCCAUUGGUGAG